CAAUGUAUCUCCAAUGUAUAUUUAACCCUCGACGACGCUGGUUGUUCGGCUCUUGAUUCGAAAUUCCGCACAGCUCGCAUACUCUUUCGUAUAUUCACUUUCGUCGUGUUUUUCGUCAUCGUCGUUGUCGUCCUACGACGUGUGUUUUUGUUAUUGCUGUCGUUCUUAUUUUUCGGGUGGUACUCUCUGUAUAUUUAACAAACGUUACAAUUACUUUUUUUCACGUGUGCUGUGGCCCCCAGUGUAACUUAUACUUGUACUCAAACAACAAAGUCAAACAAAUAACGCAAGUUAAAGAGAACACCCAAGAAAAAAACCAACACAAAAAAUAAAUAAAAGAGCCAACCGUUUUUGUUGUUGUCGCUCACAGCAUGUGGAGCCACAGUUAACUGUUACAGUUAACGGGAGAAGGCAAAGGAGGUGGAGCGAAAAGAGCAAGGAGAGCGGGAACUCCGAGAAGAGGACUGAGUGCUCCGCUUGACUAAAUGCAGUCGACGCUGCGAUUAUUAUGUGCCAGCCCCAACAACAACAAGAGCAACACCACUUGAUACGAAAAUAAACAAACAAAAUCAAUCAAUUAAUCAAUCUGCUGAGCACACCGCUCUCCACGCCCACACACACAAAGGCACACACGCAAAAACACACAGCCAACACACACACGAACACACACGAGUCAACGCCCACGCCCAUUCGGGAAAAAGGAGGGAGUGGCAGGACAAGAAAGGAGGCGAAGUUGAAUAAUAAAAAAAAGAGGAAGCACUGCGAACAGCAGGACAACAACAUGUUCCACUCACUUGUUUUGAUGGCCUGUGCCCUUGCCGCCCUUUCCUUUGCCCAGGAGGCGGGGCCCGCCCGAUCGAAACAGUUAUCGCUAUCGAUAUCGAGUCCUGCAGCGGACCCAACAUCGCCCGCUGCCGCCGUCGCCGUCGCCGCCGCCCCUGCCCCCGCCCCCUUUGCCGGCAAGCAGAGGAACAGAUGCCGUCAAAGUUGCUAUCAGCAGCUUUCGAAGGACUGGCAUUAUUGUAAGGAUUCCGUUGAUUGCACAAACUGCUGUCAAAAGCUGCUGGCCCCCUUCGAGCUGAGGAUCCUGAAGGCCCAGCGCCAGGAGUCGCUCGUCCUCACGGACAUCGGCUGGGACGAGAUGAUAGCCAAUGCCUCGCGACAAUGCCUGAUCACCUGGGAGGUCUCCGGCGGCGGCCUGAUCGGCAAUCUGCUCACGGACACCGCUCGGGCGGAGUUGUCCCUGUGGCCAGACACCGUCUACAACAUCCAGGUUAAAUGCAAGCACAAGCUCACUGGUGUGAUGCGUCGUUCGAUCAAACUGAAUGUGGACACCACUCAGCUGGUGGGCACGACAACGAGCACCACCUCGACCACCACCUCGACCACCGCGAUCACUCCGAGCACCGAAAAGAGCCAGUCUGUGUCGUUGGAGCCAUUGGAGCACUUGGAGCAGCGGAUUCGGGUGCGGCCCACGGAUCGGGUGUAUAUAAUCAGUGCCCUGCCCACGCCCAGCGAACUGGGCGGAGUGGUCUAUCCGGCCUUCGGAGCACUGGCCUUCUUCCUGGCCCUGCUGGUCAUGUUCCUCUUCCUGCGUCCGCAGCGCAAGCGAUUCCCCCUGGACGCGGACAGUGCGGACACGGCCACCUUGAUUGGUCGCAACUCCUGCUCCCGAAACUCACUGGACGCCUCCACGUUGCAUGUCUAAGGAGGAUGGAGGAUGGAUCAUGGAGGAUGGAGGAUGGAGUAUGGAGCAUGGAGGAUGGAGAAGGGCAAUUGCCGAUCGGAGAACUUGUAGUCGUAUAUAUAUAGAUGUCUGACUAUGUGAUAUUCUGCACCCCAAAAAGCAAAAACAAAACCGAAGCGAAGGAAACUAUGUACAUACUCUUCGCCGAUUAUUUAAUAGUUAGUUCCCUUUUCCCAAAAAAACGGAAAAUCCUGAAUUGCGGUUCGAUGCGAUAGAUCAGAUCGAAUUGGAUCGAAAAGUCAAAAGGCAAAGUUCGCUCAACUAAGUUUAAGUUUUAUCCUCUGCCAUUCGUAGAUCCCAAUGCCAAACCAGCGCAGUCAUAUAUACACGCAUGAUUAACAUACAUAGCUCUAUAUACAUAUACCAACUAUAUUAUACACUUAACGCAUUUACUAUAUACAUAUAUAUAUAUCAUAGUUAUACAAGCAGCGCAGCCAGAGAUACAAUUGCAGAACAGAUCAAGAAAGAGCUACAGAUACAAAAGCAGAAACGGAAAAAGAAACAGAAUCAGAAAACAGAUAAAGAUACGUUUGCGGUUACGGUUACGAAUAUAAAUAUAUAUUAUAUUACUAUAUAUUAUAUUAUAUUAUAGACUAGGGGCCAGCGGCCAACCAACUACAUACACCAAACUAAAUGCAACAAAUUGCUACAAAUUUUUUGUCAAUCGUCGUCGCUCGCUUGCAAACAAACAAACAAACAAAACGCAUUUGUUUUUAUCUCAGGCUAAAAACAAAUGAGCAACAAAUUAAUAUUAAUAACAAAUAUCAUGCAUCUCUUUUCCAUUUUUCGUCGUCUUCAAACUUCAAUGAAACAUAGUACAUAAAAGAGAAAAACAAAGCAAAAGAAAACAAGAAAAAAAACGAAGAAUAAGAAAUUAACAAGAAAACUUAAAUCAAAAGUAAAUAUUUUUCAAAAUUUUUAAAUGUUUAUACCUAGACAAACUCAAUUGAAUUAACAACAACAACAACAACAAAGUAAACUAUUAUAACUGACUUAUUGUACUUGAGCAUGUAAAAACAAAGUAACAAAGUAACUAACUAAACUAAACUAAACUAUAGUUAAUACGGAGAUAAGCUGAGAAAACUUCGCUACGCAAAAUGCCUGUAAAUAUUCUAGCCCUAAUUUAUUUAUAUUUUAAGUGGUCCAUUGUUUUGUUAACCUAUGAUUUUAAGGCCUAAGACCUAAGAGAAGUAGAGGGUUUUCCAGGGGGAAGAAGAAGAUGGCUGGUCAACUCCAUGGAAAGCAAAAAGAAAGUAAAAGUAGUAUUAAACUCAAUAAGAUUAAUGGAGCGUUCCUGCUUUCGAUGUUUUUUUUUAAUGUGGAAGAACGUGUGUGCUUUUAAUAUCUGCUCCAAUGGUUGUAGUGUGAAUUAGUGAACUUCGAUCGAAUCAAAAUAAACGUACUUGCUUAGCCAUUUUAAAAGAAAACCCAACCAACCUUCCCCCAAAAUGGAAUUACUGGAGUGAGAACUUUGUGCAGUCUGAACCCAUUGCCAUACAAUAUAUAUAUAGUCCUAGUUUAAUUUUAGUUUAGCGAUCCAAUUGUGUUACCUCUAUUUUUUUUACUUUUUUUUUUUUGUGUGGCAGAGACUCGUUAAGACUAAAAACGAAAUAUGCCAAUCACAUUUUAGAUAUGUACUGUGUAUGAAUAAAUUCGGACGAGAAGGAUGGAAGCGGAAGUACGGUGCCCUUUCAAUAUUUAUCCUUUAUUCGUUUAUUAUGUAAAUAUAAUUUGAUUUGUUAUUGCAGCUCA